CCAGAUGUGAUGAACAUGAUCAGUCAGUGUAGAUCAGUAGUUCAGUUCUUCAGAUGUUCUCCAGAACAUUCUCAUUAUUCUCAGUGUUCCACUUGUUUAUUUCAAACAUCACAUGUCAGCUGUGUUUAGUCUCAGAUGUUCUUCAGAUGUUUCAAACGCUGUGAAAAUGUAGGUUUUUCAUUUGCUUGUGUUUAAAGCUGUUAAAUUAAUAACUGUUUUCUGUUUCAUUCUAAUAUUUGGUCAUCUGACAGUUUUUUCUUUUGUGUUUCUUCCUUUGGCUGAAGGAGGAAACAUGCAGAUCUACUGAAACACAUGAAGAACUGUAGAUGUUCUUGUCCAGAUUUUGUCACAGCAUCACUUUAUCACAUGUUGGAGGUUCAGACAGUUUUCAGUGAACACACUAAAGUUAUUUUUACACGAGGAGCUUCUGAAAGCAGAUUUUAUUCACUCCUGUUCAGAGUUUAAAAUAUGAUCUGAAUCAUUUUGUAAAUUCUGGGAGAACAGCUUGAAUGGACUUGUGGUAUUUUUAUUUGGAGUCUCAAUUUAUUUAUUUUUUGCAUAAGUUUUUAUUCAUCUCAAAGAUUGAUAAGUUGUUUUGCAGUGCGAGAAAGUUCAACAGAUAAUUCCUCUCAUUUAAACUGAGUAUCUAAGUUCAGCUGAAGCAGCUCCUUUGGUCACACAUGACAAUGAUGAGAUAAUAUUGGUGCUGAAAUAGUGAUUUGGUUUCUCAGAUAGAGAAUAAUCCAGAGAUCAGUGAAGUGAUUCAGUCACUUGUCCAACAGUUUCUAUCUAAAGCUUGUUAACGUGAACAUGAGACUCCAUAACUACUGAUUAUACAGAGACUGUGGCUGCAAAGUGUGUAAAACUGAGUCAUGGAGAAUUUUAUUGAUCUGAACUCAGCUGUUUAUUUUAUAACAAAAUGUGUUUUUGUUUUUUUUAUAGAAAACAAACACAAACAUAACGUGCAGAACAAAAACAAAACAAAAAUAGCUCAGGUGGGACAAGACAAUAAAUUCCAGAUCAGACAGGAGUUUACAUCGGCAGGCUAGGCCAGUUUAGGAAAUCCUGAUAGUAUGGGAGAAGACAGUGUAGGUCCAAUAUAUGUUAAGUACGGUUCCCAGACUUUAUGGAAAGUGUCCACUGUUGAGUGCAACAUACAGGUAAUAUAUUCAUUAGGGAUACAGUUCAUUUGGAGAUUGUGCCACGAUUUCUUUGUUGGGGUGGCGUCCUUGCUCCAACAGAGCAGAAUGUUCUUCCUUGCAGCAAAAGUCAGUAAUUUGAAGAGACUUUUAUGCUUACUGUUGGUAAUAUGAACAUCGAGGAGACCGAGUAUGAGGCACAUAAGGUCCAGCAGUAGUGACUUACCAAAAAUAGUGGAGAGUUCAUUUGUAAUAUCUCGCCAAUACCACUGUAGUUUAGCAUGACCAGAAACAGUGGACAUAAUCACCAGUCUCAGUAUUACAUUUCCAACACAAUGAGGAGCAGUGAGAGUCUGGUUUGUUUUUGAGAACAGGUUUGAUAUGGACACGAUGUAGAAUUCAAAACUGAAUAGAUCUGGCCUGGUUGCAAACAGAUAUAUCCACAGCAUGUGCCCAUACCUCCUGUCAGGCUGCACCGUCUAUAGAGAUGUCCAGGUCUCUCUCCCAAGCUUCCUUGGUGGGCUGGGCGGUUGGAGGUAGAUUGGAAAUAAGUGCCUCAUUGAAAAUAGUAAUAUGUUUCUUCCUAAUCUAAGCUUCCUAAUCACAUAGGAAUUAUUCACAAAUAAAAGGUUAAGCACCGGACAUUUGGACUGAGAGGGUUCUACAUCAAGCCAAAUGGAGGCUGGAUCUUGUUUAAGCCAGUCAGCUAUCACCCGUAGGUGAGCUGCAAGCUGAUAUAGUCUCACAUUAGGAACAUCUAAACCACCAUCAGAAGCAGCCAUUUGAAGUUUUGUCAUCUUGAGUCUGGGUCUCCUUUUGCUGCAAAUAAAAGCACUUAGCCAGCCUUCCAACACCUUAAUAACCCUGUUUGAUAAAAGAAUAGGGAUCAUUUGCAGUGGGUAAAGCAAUCUGGGUAGAAUGUUCAUUUACAGUUGUUCAGCUGUUCAUUUUAAAGAGGGAAGUCGUGUUCCAGAGUUUUUAUGUCUUUACUCAUAUUCAGUUUCUCACAGGUUAUCAGAGCAGAAUGGUAGAAGUCAGACUGUUUCCAGAAAUCUGAUUCACUCAAAGCUCAGAGUUGUGUUUUAAUGCUACAAACCCUGAUAAUGUGUUUGUGAUGACUUUAUGAUGGAAAUGAUUCAGCUAUGUUGGUUUGUUCUUUGUGUUUCUGCUGAACAAGUUUCUCAGAAUCUCAAAAAAGAACGUUGAGGACAAAAGUUGACUCAGUCGUCUGUCGUCACAUCAGAAUAUUUCCUGAUGUUCAUAUUAAUGAUGUUCAGGUGUGAUGUUGUCCAGUGAUCAGUUUGAUUUGUGUAGCGUUUGACAGCAGACUGUAAAUGUUGAGUGAUGGAGGUGAAGCUGACAGCAGCAGGUCCACAGCAGAGACAUCAUCAUCUUUCUUCUGGAACUGUUGAUACAAAACCAACAAGCAGUAAAGUCUCAGUAAAAACAGACAGAAAAUGUUCUUCUGAUCCAGAUGUUCUUCUGAGCAGGGGCGCUGAAAAGGGGGGAAAAGGGGGAAGGAUUCUAGGGGUCCAUCAUUAACAGGGUCCCAGAAAGGCCCCUGAUAAAAUUAUAAUACUGACAAAAUGAAUAUGGCACUAUCUUGUUAAUUUAUAAUCACAAAUAAAUAUUAUUUACAAUGCGCUGGUAACACUAAGUUUAUUUGUUUUGGAAACAUUUCUCAAGGGCCCCCCCUCCCUUUUUACUAAAAUGGUUCAGUCCUACUGAAUCCACUGAACUGCUGCGCGCCACGGUGCCAGUGUUGCCAAGUCCGCUUAUUAUAAGCGACUUUGGGCUUGUUUUUUUGUAAAGUCGCUUGCAAAUCUCGUCAGUCGCGGGUUGCGGGUUUUUGGGCUUGUUUUCUAAAGUGUAGUCGCUUAUUUGGGCUUGCUUUGCUGCCUGCACAAACCGCUCCUGAUUCUCUCCCAGUUCUCCACAACAAAGCGAAACACGAUAGUUUGUCCUUUUCCAGGAUCCGUCCACUCCUCCGUUUCUCAGUUACCGCUCCCACCCACACUCAAACAUAGACAGCAACAUCUGAGAGUGACACACGGAGGGAGAGAGAGACAGACAAUGAGCGGGAAAAAGUGGUGCAGAUAUGGUAAAAAAUAUAAUAAAGAGUGGGAGAAAGAAACCUCUUUGAAAGACUGGAUACGACCACAGGUGGGAGAUAGUUCGAAGGCGUUCUGCCGAUAUUGUAAAUGUGAGAUACGUGCUCACCAUGCUGAUUUAAUGCAGCAUGCCGGCACCGAAAAACACAAAAAAAACUCUGCACUUUUCUCGUCAAUGAGACUUACGGACAUUGGUUUCACCACCUCCAAACAAAACGAGACAACAAAGACAAAUGAACUGAAGAUAGCCACGUACAUAGCCUGCCACACAUCCAUCAGUGCUGUGGAUCAUCUUAGUGAAUUAGUUGGAUCGACCUCAACUGAAAAAGAACUCAAAAUACACCGGACCAAAUGCACUGCAUUAAUCAAUAAUGUCAUUGCCCCAUGCAUGUUCAGAGACUUAAUGAGUGAUAUUGGAGAUGCCCAGUAUUCCCUUGUAAUAGAUGAAAGCACAGAUAUCACAUCUGUCAAGCAGCUGUGUGUGGUAAUCCGCUACUUCAGUGUUAAACGGAACAAAAUUGUGUCAACCUUUUUGGGGAUGAUUAAUUUGGAUGGUGAAACAGCAGAGGCUAUUGCUUCCACUUUGACCAGUUUUCUACAGAGCGUUGGGCUGGAUAUGAAAAAAUGCAUGGGCUUAGGUACAGAUGGCUGCAGUGUUAUGGUGGGGAAAAGAAAUUCUGUGUACACACACCUGCUCCAGAAAAACCCAAAUCUUCAGCUGCUCAAGUGUGUGUGCCAUUCAAUACAGCUGUGUGUAAGCAAGGCAGUUGAGACACUCCCUCGCAACCUUGAAUACUUGGUUUCUCAUUCUCACAACUGGUUUUCACACAGUGCCCUUCGCCGCCGCGAAUAUGCAAAGAUCUACAGCCUUAUCAAUCCAGGUGAAGUCCCUUUGAUACUUACACAGAUGUCAGGUACACGAUGGCUUUCAAUCCAUGACUGCUGUUCACGCAUACUCCAGCAGUGGGAUGAACUAAAGCUUCACUUUCAGCAAAGCAAAGAUCAGCAAAGAUGUUAUGAUGCUGAAAUUCUGCACCAGAUGUACAGUGAUCCCAUGAACAAACUGUACCUUCUGUUUCUCAUGCCAUUUCUGCAAGAGUUCAACAGGAUCAACAAGCUGUUUCAGCAGGACAGGGGUAAUCCAUUCAAAAUGCUGGAAUGCUUGCUGCUUUUCUUUCGCUCCCUCAUCUCCAGAGUGGUGAGGCCUGAUAAAAUCCCUACAUCAGACGAACAACUGCUUGCAAUCAAUUUCACAGACCAGACUGUUUUGUUACCUGUGGGUGCCAUUUGUUUUGGGCUCACCUUCACAAUUGCGCUCGAGGAGGCAAAAGUUGAGAGUACAAGUGAGAGAAAUAUGAAGAGCAGGUGCCGUGACUUCUUGGUGGAAGCAUGCAGACAAGUGCAAAAGAGACUUCCAACUAAUAUCCAGAUAUGGAAAUCUAUGACUGAGUUCAGUCUAGCUGUCAUUCUGUCACAAGCAAAACAACAACUCAGGUCACUGUCAAUUCUGAAACUGUACUCCGGCGAUCUUACAGCUCUUGACACCCAGUAUCAGGCUGUUACAUACCACCCAUGGACAAACAAGGAGGACACCCAGGCAGAGGCAUUUUGGGUUGAAGUGCUCAGUUACAAAGACAGCAGUGGAGACCAGGCUUUCAAAGAACUUGCCCUCUUUGCUCUGUCAUUGCUUGCAAUGCCUUUAAGCAAUGCUGAUGUAGAACGAGUAUUUUCACAAAUGAACCUGGUCAAGUCCAAACUGAGGAACAGAAUGGGACAAGACACACUCAGCAGCAUACUCCACAUAAAGUAUGGACUGAGAAGGCAAGGUAUAUGCUGCAAAGACUUCAUCCCAAGCAAGGAGAUGCUCCAGCGCUUUAACUGUCACAUGUACUCUGUGGGAGGAACAUCAGGCAGCAGAGAGACAGAUGCAAACGAAGACAGUGAUGAUGGAUUGUAGUGAAGAGGAACAGACCUGAUGGUGAAGCAAGGAAGACAAGGACAGGAGAAAGUUUUAUAUUUGUUUUGAGUUUUACACUAGGCCUGUUUGAGAUGGCUCAGAGUUUUAAAAAAAAACACUUAGGUUUCUCAAAGUUUACUAUCAGUUUGCUGUAGUUUAUGCACAAUGCAUAUGUCUUCUAUUUUAAUCACAGUUUAAAUUUUUAAGUUAUUAAGUUAUUUAAGUUUUCAUGUUGACUGUUUACAGUCAGUUUACUGCGGUUUAUAUGCAUGUCUUAUUUUAAUUCCAGUUUAAACAUUUAAGUUAUUUAAAGUUUUUAUGUUGACCGUUUACUGUCAAUUGGCUGUAGUUUAUGCAUAAUGCAUAUGUCUUAUUUUAAUCCCAGUUUAAACAUUUAAGUUAUUUAAAAUUAUUACGUUGACUGUUGACUGUCAAUUUGUUGCAUAACAAAUAAAUGUAUAUAUUUAUACUCUUAUCAAGAAGCCUGCAUUUACAUGAUGUGGCGGUUCAGCUAUUGGGCUUGUUUUGGGCUUGUUUCCAAAGAGCUGGUUGCUUGUUUCUAUCACGAGAUCUGGCAACACUGCACGGUGCUUCAGUCAGACUGAGUAGGGUGACGACAGUAUGCCUCAGAAGUCAGGUAGUCAGAAACAAAAAGAAAUAAAGAUAAGGCAGGAAAGAGAGGCCAGUUUUUCAAAAAACAAGGUGGGUUUGGUUCAUGUGGUGGAAAGUUCUGGAACAUUAGCCUGUUGUUGUUUCUACUCUAUCUUAACUUUGUGAUUUUUAAGCUAGCUCACUUUUCUCCCCAUAUUAGUUCAUAUUUUUGAAGAAAACGCUGGAAUUUUAUAUUUCACUGUUCACUUUUAGCAAGCUGCCCAUAUUUAAUCAGCCCCCCCACCUCUCACCUGUGUCAAAAUGAUGCAUGUUUGAACAGACACGUCAAAUGCAGCAGCAGCUGCUGUCUAUGAGGCCUGUGAGCACUGUUGCCAACUCCUCAGUAAGGAAAGUCGCUGUUGGCUGUCCUAAAACUCGCUCGAAGUCGCUAAAUGACGUCAUCGCCUAUUUUGCAUAUUUCCCAGUUUGCAUGUAAUUGUAAUCAACGUUGUAGGAGAGAGGAAUAAUGUUGUGGAAGAGACCAAAAAGUGAGUAUAAAACACCCAAAAUAUGUUUUUUCACUAGAGGCUAAAUGCUGUGGUUUAUUUUAGCAUGACAGUGAAGAAACAUUUUUCUUUAUAUGGCUCCAUAAGUCUGGAUGGGAUCUGUAGUGACUUUGCGCAUGCGCGAUUCAUCUGCCGUCUGGCUGCAGCGUGAUGUGGGUCUCCCCCUCCCCUCCCAGGGACUGCUGCAGGGUUACUGGACUGACAGCCUGUGCUCUGGGAGGGGGAGAAGCUCACAGCAGCACCUGCUGCUUGUUGAAAACAGUAACUGCAGAAUGAGCCGAGUUUUCCUAUCAGAGUCUCCAAAACGGCAGAAAAAGUCGCUAGAUUUGUCGCGAGUCGCUUUUGACAAAAAAAAGUCGCUAGGAGCUUUGAAAAGUCGCUAGAUUUAGCAAGAAAGUCACAGUCAAAUACACUGCCUGUGAACCCCCUACCCCUGAACAAGCCCCAGUACCCACAACUGAGGAAGGAGGUGAGCAACUGCAGCCGCCAGAAGAAAAGGCGAAGAUUCCAUGAUGAGACCUCUGAAGAAGAGAGGUCUCAGGAGAGUGCAGAAACUGUGUUUCGGAACACUGUGUUUUUUACUGCUAUGGACAGUAUCAUAAGUGACUUGGGAACUAGGUUCCAGACCACAGCAAAUAUUGUAAAUGAAUUUUCUGCUGUUCUGAAAGUUGGGCAGAUUAGUGAGGACAAAAUCUCUUCUCUGUGCCAACCAUUGAUCACAAAGUAUUCUGGUGAUCUUACACCUGAUUUUGAAAAUGAAGUAAGACACCUUAACAGUGUAUACGCUUCCAAUUUCCUCCCGAACUUGUCCACUCUUGAACUCCUGAAUGCUAUUUGUAAGCUGCAGCUCAAAGCAUCUUUGGAGAAGUGUGUAUUGCUUUGCGUAUAUUUUGCACACUGCCAGUUAGUGUUGCAGGUGGUGAGAGAGCUUUCAGCAAGCUAAAAAUGAUUUAAAAAAACUACUUUAGGUCCAAAAUGUCACAGGAAAGGCUCUGCAGUCUUGCCAUGCUGUCCAUCGAAAGUCAUUUGGCUAGAAAGCUGGACUUCAAAGACCUGAUCAAUGAUUUUGCUACUGAGAAGGCUCGGCGUUGGGCUCUUGGUUAGAAAGGUUGAGCAAGGGCCAGUUGUAAAUAUAUAUUGUAAAUAUGUGUGCAAGAGGAAGCUUGGCUGAGCAAGGUUGUAUCUGGCCUGUUAUGUUUUUUCUUUAUGAAUGGACCUACUUUGUUUACUUAGUUUAACAUCUCCAGCUGAUUUUAUUAUUGUGCUUGUUGUAUGAUUCUAUAGAUGGUGAUGAGAACUCAUAAAAGGCAGUUGGCUUUUUGUAUUUUAUUUAUUUAUUUUAUCUGUUUCUUCACAGAUGAUAGUUGCAAUUUAUUUAAUGGAAGAGGUUAUUUUAUGUUCAAGUUUUGUAUUAUUCAGGUAUGUAAUUUAAUUUGGGGAAAUUUUAUGCUGAAGAAUGAGAAUCAGUCUUGCAGUAAAUAAAUGAAACAUUGUAUUCAGAGUGUUCAGUGCUUCCCCUACCAAGUAACUGUCACAUUUUCCUUUUCACUGUUACGAUCCAACCUCUAGGGGCUGGCUGGAUGCAACAAAAUAACCAGAUGUUAUUGGUUCAGGUUAAGGGAUUUAUUGCUUAGUAGUAAAAGGGAACGUAAAAGUGACAAUAAACACAGGACUGGUGGAUGUUGCUAAAACAAAGAACGGAAUAAAACAUAACCAAGGCUAACAGAGUUUGAAACUAAGCUAAACACAAAGAAAACAACUAAACUCCCUAGCCAAACUGAACUACAGAAGCAACACCCACCACCAGGAACAAAAACUAAUACAAAAGGUGUACAAAACAAACUAAACAAAACUGGUGCCUCUGAAACUGGUGUACAUACUGAGCAUAGUUUACAAAAGCUCAACAUACAUAGUGGUUUCUACACAGAGUUGGCAAACUACCAAAGUGGAGCCUCAGUCUCCACACUAAACUAAAGCUGCCAACAAAAAGGUCAGAAUGGUCCGGAGCACAGCCGCAAAUGCUUCCAAACCGAAAGACCACACAGAACCACACAGAACCACACAAAAGAGCUACAGUGCUAAGAGGCACCAGGGUGGACUGGUCAAAGUACCAGCCACCAAGACUAAUGGCGUGGUGGGGCUUUAUAGUCAACAGUGUGGUGCUUGGCUGCCCCCGAUUGGUCCGGGGAGGAGGAGCUGGAGGGUGGUCCAAUCCGGAUGGCCGGAGGGCGGGGAGAACCAGACGGAAGUGCAGGUUGUCAUCAGCUUCAUCAUGAGCUGAAACGGCUGGCAGCUGGGGCUCCAAAAGACUGCAACAAGCCACAGCUGCACCCACACACAAAUUUCUCCCAAACAAAAGGCCCAACAAAGCACCACCUCAAAAUGAACGGCACACCAAUACUGGUGGCCGUAACAUCACAAAUAUGGGAAAUAAUAGUCAAAAAUAUCAUUAAAAUGCACAGUUUUAUGUAAACAGCACAAAAUAUUUUCGCCGGCCUUAUGUCCGGCGCUACGGGGGCCCAGUAAAAUUUCUUUUCAUGGGGUCCAAACGCCCUGGUGGCUCCCCUGUUUCUGAGAACUUUGUGAAGUCAGAUGUGGGAUCAGAUCACACUGACAGACUGUGGACAGUAUGGAGGCCUGAACAUAACUCCGUCUUCUAUCCUCCAUCUGCAGAUUCAACAUUUACAUUUUAUGUACAGUUGAAACCAGAAGUUUACAUACACUGAUUAAAAAACACCUUACUUUUCCCCCCCACUGUCUGACUUUAAAUCAGACUAAACUUUUCCUGUUUCAGGUCACUGAGAAUAACCAAAAUUAUUUAUUUUUUGCUCAGUGCUAGAAUAAUGAGGGAGAAUUUUUUGGGGAGAAUUUUUAAUUACUUUCUUCAAAGUCAGAUGUUUAUGUACACUAAGAUUACUUAUGCCUUUAAACUAUAUUGGAAUGCCCAGAUGAUGAUGUCAUGGCUUUGAAAGCUUUUGAUAGGUUCAUAGACAACAUUUUAAUUCAUUGGAGGCCACCUGUGGAUGUAUUUUAAGGCACACUUCAAACAAAAUGCUUCCGUGUGUGUCAUCAUGGGAAAAUCUAAAGGGUUCUGUGUCCCAGAUAUGAAUGUGUUUGGGUGUGUAAUGUGUGUAUCAACUCCAGAAGAAAAGCUGAAGACCCUCUGAAGAUGCUGGAUGAAGCUAGUAAGACAGUGUCAUUAUCCACAGUGUAAUGAGUCCUGUACCCACAUGGACUGAAAGGCUACUCCACAAGGAAGAAGUCAUUACUACAAAAGGAACAUAAAAAAAACUCAGAUUACAGUUUGCAAAUGCACACAGGAACUGUCAAGUGGGGCCUAGUUAUUUGAGAUCCCAGGAGCAACCACCACCUAAAUACAAGCUUUAAGCAAACCAAUGAAAAGUUAAAAUGAGAAACUAUAUAAGUUAACCACAUGAUUAUGCUUAUGCUUGAUGCAAGAAUGAUUUUAAUAGGCUGAUAUAUAUUCUGGAAAUGAUGAUUGCUAUAGAAGAGAAUGAUUUAAAAUAAGUUAUUUGAUCAUGCUAAGAAAAAUGAUUUAAAGAAGUGAUUCAGUGUAACUAAGUGAGUUUUGAAUGGAAGUAAUCUGUGCUGUUCUGAGCUGUAUGCAGACAGGAUGGGAAAAGCAGAAGUCUCCUCAGAAAUGAGGAACUUGGAGUUUCCACAGGAUGACAGGAUGGGCUCAGGCCUACAUUGUCAUGACAACUGAAGUGUGUGUAACAAGUGGAUGUGUUAACAGAAAAGAUGGAAAGAAUGAUGUAUGCGUGAUAGGAAGAAGGUUGUGUCUUAAACCUAUGAAUUAAUUACCUGGGCGUACCUAUUAGUUAGAAUUGUGUGUGAAAAUGUGUAUGUGCUGAGCUGAAGUCGAGCUAGGGUAUAAAACCCAGAGACACAGACACUGAAUUGGGAGUUCUCCCCCGGAGGGGAGAGAUGCUGCUCGCCGGAGCUGCCGGAGAGCAUCGCCAAAGUUCUGAAGAGUCGACACCGGACCCUUUUGCCCAAGAGACGUGAAGACAACGCAGGACUUAGGCUCCAGAGUUCGCUGAGAACAUUGUUGGAAGCAAAGUUGUUCUAACUUUGUUCAACAAGCGAGGACCACACUCUGCUGAAAGGAGAGUCCUGAGAGGUCUGCAGUUUUCCAAAGAGAUGAAGAGAAGACAGCACCCAUGGCAUCCAGAGAGGCACAGGAGGCAGCAGCAGAGGGCUGCUCCACUCCAGGGGCUGGAGGACCCAGUGACCCACCACAGCCUGAUGAGACGGGGGCUUUCCACCACCACCAUCCGACUGAGAAGACAGCUGAGACGCCCGCACUUGUGUUCCAGCUGCUACUAAAGAUAACUGCCAGACCAACGAUUGGCUAUCGGGACCUCUCCACUCCCCCUGCCUAUGAAGAACACCCUCUGCCCACAAAGAAGACUUUGUACCGAGUCUGCUGGUCCACGGAGGAGUUCAACGAGAUGCAGGACAAGACCGAGUGAUACGGUAGUGGCCACGCUGUUCGCUCUCUCUCCUAAAUUUAAUAAUUAGAGAAGAUUGUCAGGUACGCUCAAUUUAUUUACUUUAGUCUCAUGUUUAAUCAGAAAUAAUUAAUUGUUUAAUCAUGAAUUGAUGCUGUGCUCUUGCUAAAUUUGCUCAAUAAAACGCUUUAUUGCAUUUAAAGAGAAGUCUAAUGAAAUGAUUAUGAUUCACUUAUUCUGCAUAGUGGUAAAAAGUUAAGUUGAUUGUGUGCAUUAAAUCUAAUGGUUCUUAAAGGUUACUUUAAUCCAACAAGUUAUUUAAACAUUACCCCUGAGGUUAGUUUUCCAAACCUCUAAAACGAACCUAGGAAUAUCAACAAGUGCCACAGUUUUAAGAGGAAAGCUGUCGUUAACAAACGUGUUCAAUAAAUCAAUUCUACUACUUAGGUGGGCUGCUUAGUAAGAGAGUAUUUAUUGGAGUAAGAGGGGUAAGACGUUUGGAAGAAGACAGUUAGGACCUAGGCGAGUAUUCCUCGACACCAGCUUAAUUACUCUGCUGAAACCUGUUAGGUGGAAUACUAAUAGGCAGAUAGAAUCUAACCCUUUAAACGGAGAGCUGGUCCUGAUUUAACCUGAGGCAAGGGUUAAAGAAGGCUAUACUGAACGACAGAACAUAGACCUUAAUUUUUGGAGACUUAUCCUGUGGUCUGAUGAAAUUAAAACUGAACUGUUUGGCCAUAAUGACCAUCGUUACAUUGGAAGGAAAAAGGGAGAAGCCUGAGUACACCAUCUCAGCUGUGAAGUACAUCAGUGGCAGCAUCAUGUUGUUGGGGUGUUUUGCUGCAGGAGGGACUGGUGCACUUCACAAAAUAGAUGACAUCAUGAGAGAAGAUUAUUUUGUGGAAAUAUUGAAGCAACAUCUGAAGACAUCAGCCAGGAAGUUAAAGCUUGGCCACAAAGGGGUCUUCCAGAUGGACAAUGACCCUAAGCAUUCUGUUAAAUUAAUUACUAAGUGGCUGAUGGAGAACAAAGUCAAUGUUCUGGAAUGACCAUCACAAAGUCCUGAUCUCAGUUCUGUAGAAAGUUUGUGGGCAGAGCUGAAAAGACGUGUGAACAAGGCUGACUAAAACCUGACUCAGUCACACCAGUAACUAAGUAAAAUGGUAAAAAAAGAAAAAAAGUCUGAUUUUAUGUCAGACGGUGAGAAAACAAAUGUUGUGUCUUUUUCUACAGUGUGUGUAAACUUCUGGUUUCACCUGUAUUUCUAUAAAAUGGUUACAGAUUCCAGGAAGCGUCCAGGUGGGAUCCGAUCCUCCUGGGAGAGUGAGGCAGGGGAGUAAGGACAGAGCAGAGGCAGGCAGAAUCUGAGACCUCCUCCAGAGGUGAGAGUAGGUAUUCAUGGACAGACAGGAACGAGCGGGCAGCACGGCCAGCAGAAACUACAGACACAAGAGAGCACAGGUCAGGUAAAGCAUGAGAGCUCCAGCAGACCUGUGUGUGAGCCAAAACACUAACAGCUGAAGCCACUAUCUGGCAGGGUGUGGAGUGUGGAGCCGGUUUCUAUUGUGGAGGAUGAGGGACAGGUGUGCUGCCCGGAGUUCUGCUGAUGAGGCUGACUGAAGAUUGCAGAAAGCUGCUGGAGAGAGUGAGGGCAGGAGAACAGAGAGAGAGAAAGAACUAAGGAGUGUAGAAGAGGAAGAAUAAGGGAGGAGGAAUUCAGAAUUCAGUUUCAUGUCAAAUACAGAGAAGAUCAGCUGAACCACUGAUGUGUCCAAAUGUUCUGCUGUCAAAUGCAUGAAGGAAAUAUCAAAUGUUUGCUUUCAUGUUAAUAUGUUUUGUCAUUUAUGUG